AUGUUUAUUAUAAAAAGUAACAUACUCAAUGAUAACACUUUGGACACGAGCGCAAAAAAAGAGCAUACAAAAAUUAAUAAAUUUUUAAUUAUAUUGAUUGUUAUAUUGAAUGUACUAAGCCUUAUAUUUACAUUAGUAUUAGCUAUAAAAUUUUAUCUUUGUUCAUAUAAUGUAACGGCAUUCCUAUUCCUUUUAACGCAAACAUGCCUGUGGUCUUAUUUAGCAAUCUUAAAUGUUUAUGAUCAGAAAUAUAUUUUUUCGAUCUCUUCGUUUUUGGGAAUUCAUUUAUACACACAAUGUUACCAAAACUGUGACAAGCUAUUCUUAUCAGAUGAAAUUCAAGAAUAUCAUUUUAUGUCAGUUGCUCUUUCGCACCUACCAUUUCUUUACAUUUGUUAUGACAUUGUCAUAUUUCAGUAUGAUAGUGUUUUCAUAAAAAGCACACUAGAUUAUACUUAUAAUGAUAGUUCCUUAAUAGUACUGAAUUUUUUGAGAGGAAUAUUUUGCUCCUUAUCAAUAGCAAUCAUUUUUAUCAUUUCAAUGGUCUUGAAUAUACAAAACACUUUUAGAACAUAUCCUAUUCUCAAGCUAUCGAAUAGCAAAACAAAAAAAUACCUUUUAUCUGUAUUUUUGUUUUAUCUGAUCGAUUCUCAAUUAAGAAUAGUUACAUUUCUUUUUAUCAUAGAAACGUAUGAAGUUAACCCAUUUAAAAUAUUUGUUUUUAUAUUCUCUCAGAUUAUGACAAUAUGUAUAUGUAUAGCUUUUGAUACGCACAUUUUUAAAAAUAUAAUUAUUGGUAUAUCAUCAAUUCUGGUUUCCCCCUUAUCCAUUAUUUUACUCUCAACAAAUAGAAAUUACAGUAAUGAAAGAGUGGUGAGACUUAGUAAAUUACUGAUAAAUUUUCGUUUUUUUGAAUUUUUUCUAAUACUUUUUUACGGAUCGUUAUAUUAUGACGAUGAAGUAGGAAACGCGUUCAUAUUAUAUAUACAAUUAAUCAAUUUAAUAUUGUUAUUCUUUCUUAUAAUCAUUUAUAAAAAGGUGUUGACAUAUAAAAGGAAAUUUGACGAAAGCAGCGACGAGCUGAAUGUAGAUCUGUACAACAAUAUAAACGACAAUUAG